AGAUUAAUAAAGACGCCGAGGAUGAACUGCGCAUGCGUAGGAGUUUUGUGUUUAUGUUUUUACGCGAAACACAGAUUGAUAGGACACGCGCGCAGACAGGGAGUCACGUGACUGCUGGGGGUGGGGGUAGCAUCAUCAUCAGCAUCAGCAUCAUCAGCAUCAUCAUCCUCCUCUCUUGCAGUGUCUCCCAAUGCCUUUCAGAAUGAGAAAGCAAAAUGUGUCCAUCAUCAAAGCCUUUUAAUUUUAUUUUAGAUUGCACGUUGGCUUUUGUUGCAUGAAAUGCACUGAUAUUUGUCUUUUUUUUCAUCCUUCCCCUUCUUUAUUUUUCAUGCACCUCAUUUCAUCCUGCUGUGGUGAUGAAUGGUGCAGCAGGAAUCAUGGCUGACCUUCUUGCCACAGCCAUUUAUCUUUUUUUGCUUCCCAUCUAAGGAAGAGAUUUUUCCCAUCUGAACAAAAAGCCCUGCUUUACAGUAGCGCUCAGCUCUCUGGCUUCGGCAGCUGGUUGCGUUUGCGAGCCAGUACUGUCUCUUUUGACACACACACCACACACUCACACACACACACGUAGACAAAAGGCCAGAGCUGCCUGUCGAACACUGCCCCCUUUUUCCUUUGCAUCAGCGAAGACACAGGGUGACCCACAGGACAGGAGGAAGAGAAGAAAUGAAAUAACAAAAUAUUAAACCACAUACAUAUACACACAAAUACACAAACACACACACAAACACAUAUUUACUGCAACACACAGGAACAGAAUGGGGCCUGGAUGGAUCGGGAUGCAGCAUUUGCAUGGAUCUUGGAAUCAUGGAAGAUUCCCAGUAGACGAAGCAGCAAAGAGAUUUAGGUUAGAGACGACAGGAUGCUUGGGUUGCCCAGGACUGAAGGACAAGACAGCUGAUUUUAAUUGACAAAAACCCUCUCUCUCUCUCUCUCUCCCUCUCUCUCUCUUUCUCUCUAUUUCUCUUUCUCUCUCUUUCAUUCUGGGAGAAGACGAAGGAGAGGAAGCAGGGACGUUGGAUAAAGGGAGAGGAGCAUGAACCGGAGAGAGUGAGAGAGUGAGUGAGUGAGUGAGGGGGGGAGGUAGAGCAGGAAAACGGAAGAGCAGAACCAGUGCUGCAGAAUGGGGUAGAAACGGAGAGGCAAGAAUCAAAAACGAGGCCAGGGUUUUAGCUCAUAUCCCUAAGACCAUGGGCGACAUGAAAACCCCGGACUUUGAUGAUCUACUUGCGGCCUUUGACAUUCCUGAUAUGGUCGACCCCAAGGCCGCUAUCGAAUCCGGCCACGAUGACCACGAGGGGCAGCUCAAACAAAAUGUUCACCAUGAUGAGGACUCCCAUGUUCCUUCGAUGCCAGAUGUUGGAGUGAGCGUUAUUGUCAAGAAUGUUCGAAACAUCGAUGCCAACGAUCACUCGCUUUCAGACAAGGAUAUCCAUUGUUCAGUAGGGAACGGAAUGCACAACGGGUUCAUGGCCAUGUCACCUAACAACAGGUUUAGCAAAGAUGGCGAAAAGCUUCAAAAAGUUGGAAAUCAUGGAACAGAAGUGACUGGCUCCAGGUAUAACCAAUUUAGUCCAAUUUCCAGUGCUGACGAGUUUGAUGAUGAUGACAAGAUUGAAGUAGAUGACCCUUUGGACAGGCAAAACAAUUUACCUUGUUUUAGUCCAAAUCCUCUUACAGGACUUAAGAGAGAGGAGCUUUAUUCUAAUCUUUCAGGCAAUGGUUCAUUGAAGAUGGGAACUAAUGGAAGUUACAAUCAUUCAAAAACUGGAAACACUAAUACCAAUGGUACUUUAGGAAACCCAAAUGCCUACGAUCCUCCAAAACUAAGGAAAACAGAGGACCAACUCAAAGAGGUACUCCGCGGCCAAGAUGGGAAAGAAGGAAGGGAGCCAGUAGUUGGGUUGAGUAUGUCCAACCUGUCUCAAGCCAAGGCUAAAUCAUCAGCCAAGCUCUCAUCCUGCAUUGCUGCUAUUGCUGCUCUGAGUGCAAAAAAGGCCAGCACAGACAUAACUGCUGCUGAACCCACUGUCACUAAUCAGGACUCUCCAAAAGAGGCUAAGGAGAGUCCAAAGGUGACAGAAAAGAUUCCAGAGCAAGAGUCAGCCCUGGAGCUUGCCAAGAAAUUGCUUUCCAAACAGCCAGAGAGUCCGUGUAGUGUUACCAGUGAGAACAGCAGCAAAGGGUCACCCUCAUCUCCUGUAGGAUCCACCCCUGUCAUUCCCAAGGUGCGUAUUAAAACCAUUAAGACAUCUUCAGGCCAGAUCAAGAGGACUGUAACAAGGGUGUUGCCGGAGUUUGACCCCGAAGGCCUGAAGAAAGGUAUCGACUCGGGAUCCAUUGUGGUAUCUUCCUUUUUGUCGUCUCCCACAUCAAACUCUGUUUUGUCAUCUCCCACCCGGACCUCACUCCCAACCACAGUGAUGGCAACUUCCGGAGGUUCAACCAUUGAAGUCACAAAGCAAAUGACCAUCAAGCCUGUUGCUACUGCCUUUUUACCAGUGUCUGCAGUAAAAACUGCUGGUUCCCAAGUAAUAAACUUAAAAUUAGCUAACAAUACAACAGUAAAAGCCACAGUCAUACCUGCUUCAUCUGUUCAAAGUGCCAGCAAUGCAAUUCUCAAAGCUGCCAAUGCUAUUCAGCAACAAACUGUUGUGGUACCUGCUUCCAGCCUUGCCAACACCAAACUUGUGCCAAAGACUGUCCAUCUUACCAACUUGAACCUCCUUCCUCAAGGUACAUCAGCCUCAGAGCUCCACCAGGUUUUGUCUAAACCCCAGCAACCCGUUAAACAAGCCAUGAUGCCCAGUCAACCCCCUAAGAAAGUGUCUCGUGUGCAGGUGCUGGCCAGUUCCCAGAGUUCAGUCGUGGAGGCGUUCAACAAAGUUUUAAGCAGUAUCAACCCUGUGCCGGUGUAUGUUCCAAACCUUUGCCCUCCCUCCUCAUCAUGUAUUUCUUUACCAUCCCGUGGUUAUAAAUGCCUUGAGUGUGGUGAUUCUUUUGCUCUAGAGAAAAGUCUAACUCAACAUUAUGACAGAAGAAGUGUUCGCAUUGAAGUUACGUGCAAUCACUGCUCCAAGAACUUGGUCUUUUACAACAAGUGUAGUCUACUAUCCCAUGCCAGAGGACAUAAGGACAAAGGUGUGGUCAUGCAGUGUUCCCACCUUAUCUUAAAGCCCAUCCCUGCCGAACAGAUGAUAUUGGCUCCCUCUGUGACCUCUAGUGCCCCCAUUUCAUCUACAGGGCAAAGCUCUUUUGCAGGAUAUCAUGGGAAAAGUGAAACAACAGUGAUCUCCGCACCUUCUUCAGCACCUGUAGUGGCUGCCAUGCCUCUAGAUGAAGAUGCUUCUCGAGUGUGUCGAUCAAGCCUUAAGUGCUUGGAGUGUAACGAGGUAUUUCAGGACGAGUCAUCUCUGGCCAUGCAUUAUCAACAGGCUGCUGAGUCAAGUGGACAAAAAUCCUGCACCAUCUGCCAAAUGCUGCUGCCAAACCAGUGCAGCUUCGCCUCUCAUCAGCGAAUCCAUCAGCACAAGUCUCCGUACAUCUGCCCAGAGUGCGGCGCCAUCUGUCGCUCCGUCCAUUUCCAAUCCCAUGUCACCAAGAACUGCCUGCACUACACGCGGCGAGUGGGCUACCGGUGUGUCCACUGUAGCGUGAUCUUUGCUGAUGUCACUGCUCUCAAGUCACAUACCCAGGGCUCUCACUGUGAGAUCUUCUACAAAUGCCCUAUCUGCCCCAUGGCCUUCAAAUCUGCUCCGGGGACUCACUCACACGCCUACACUCAGCACCCGGGUGUGAAGAUCGGAGAGCCCAAGUUGAUCUACAAAUGCUCCAUGUGUGAUACGGUCUUCACCCAGCAGAUUCUGCUCUACACACACUUUGACCAGCACCUUUCCAGUCAGAAAGUGUCUGUGUUCAAGUGUCCCGACUGCUCCAUGCACUACGCCCAGAAGCAGCUCAUGCUGGAUCACAUUAAGUCAACACACGGGACGCUUAAAACCAUCGACGGUCCCCCAAACCUCGGCAUUAAUCUCCCGCUCAGCAUCAAGCCCAUCAACUCCAUGACCUCCAACUCCAACAGCAAAGACUCGGGUCCCCUAAACAGCCUUGACAAAGGGGAUAAGAAGCCCUCGUCUCCGGUGAAGAAAACCGCCUACGGGACCGACGAUCGACACAAAAAGCCUGCCUCGUCCGCUGUGACGUCCUCAGGUCCUGGCUGGACAUGUAAGGAGUGUGAUCGUCUCUUCACACAGAGAGAGGUCUUCGUCGCUCACAUGAAGAGAGAGCAUGGGAAGCAGCUGAAGAAACAUCCGUGUCGUCAGUGCGACAAGUCCUUCAGUUCCUCACACAGUCUCUGCAGACAUAAUCGCAUCAAACAUAAAGGCAUCCGCAAAGUUUACUCCUGCCCUCACUGUCCAGACUCCAAACGCAGCUUCACCAAGAGGCUUCUUCUGGACAAACACAUCCAGCUGAGACACGGCACGAAGGAAGCAGAGAGAAGAUCAGCGCUGGAGUCCAGCAGCACGGAGGAGGUCGCAGUUAAAGACCAGGUACGGAGUCCCAAACGGAAGCUCAACUCUGACGGCGAGGACGCUGAAGAAGAGGAAGAGGAAGAAAACGAGGAAGAGCACCUUGAGGGGAUCCCCAGCCACGAGCGCACAGCCUCCUUGUGCCCUCAGCCCAUGAAGAAGCUGAAGGUGAGCGUGUUAAAGACUCACAGAUGCGCCGUGUGCAGUUUCUCCACCACCGAGCUGACGCUUUUCCAGAAACAUCUCCCGUCGCAUAAAACGGACGGCUCGUCGCACCAGUGCUCCGAGUGUGGCCUGUGCUACACGUCACGCCACUCGCUCGCACGCCACCUCUUCAUCGUGCACAAGAUGAAGGAGCCUCCGAGCGCCGUGCAGCAGGAGAACACUCCCAACGUGCCAGACACGCAGUGCAGGGUGUGCGGCAAGACAUUCGACGCCGAGCCGGCUUUAAACACACACAUGCGCACGCAUGGCAUGGCCUUCAUCAAAUCCAAGAGACUGAGUGCAGCUGAGAAGUGACAGUCCGAUCUCAAACGCUUAUACAGGACCCGGUUUGAGACGGAACCCACCUUCAUAAUCAGAGACACGGGGAUACAGAAGCAGGGAUAAACCUGGGAAAACAAGGAACAGUGACGGGAUCCUAACGUGAACACAUGAGACGUGCGGAAAAACACGGCCUUAAACACGUCCACGCACAUGAAGGGAAACACACAGCUGUUUUUUUUCACUGAAACAUGGAUAGAAGGUGGACCACAGAGACGUUCCCCGUCUCGUUCCUGCAUCUCCGUGCGUCUCCAGUAUAUAUAUAUAUAUAUAUAUACGACUUCUAUAUAAAUACACAUAUCUAUGAGAAAUGUAUAAAUAUAAAUAAGCACACACGAGUGUUUGAGGAUAUGUAAUAUAUUGAAAGUGGAAUCAUGUGUAUUUAAAUAUCUAUGAAAAAGGCAUUUUGUACACUUUAUGAUAGACGUUUGUAUGGAUGUCUGAUAGAACUUUUUAUACGGCAGAAGUUUUAUUUUCUAUUAGACCUUAUGUCUCGUCUUCUCAACCCGUUCCCUCAAAUUAAGCUGAGAUUCAUUCCGAGCUCCUUUAUUAAACUGUUCGUUCGGAUCAGAGAGAGGUCUUAGAUCGGAUUUUACCACAAAUGUAUUCGUGAAGCGGAGACAUGUUUGGUAUCUGACGUGUAAAUCAUCACACUCAACUCACACAAUAAAAUAUCCUGAGAAUAAAUCUGUGUUAUUAACCUGCAGAAUUUAGGCCACGCCCCCUGCUGGAGAUACUUCAUGAGACCUUAACGUGUGUGUGUGGUGGUGGUGGUGGUGGGGGGGGUGUUCAUGUAAUAAACGCUGGCUAUGAUUGAAUGAAACCUUCGCACAGUGUGAAGGAGAUGCUGGCCGAGCUCUCGUUAACUUCAUUCCUAAUUCUAUCCAUUAAAAAUCGCCAGUUAUAAAAAUCGUCAAUUAAGAUGCCAGUUAAAUUUUCCUUCGAUAAUGUUAUCAAACUUCUCACUCGAGCCGAAAUCACACCAGAAACGUUUUAGACAAGCUCCGCCCCCUGGGACUCCUGUAAGGUGUGAAUACUGCAGCGUAUCUCAGUGUUAAAUCCUCACUGCAACAGACACCAAACAUGUCUCCAUCGGAUCGACCGCAUUUAUUAAAUUUAGUGUUUAAUUUAUUGUCCUUAUCUGUUUCGAUGACCGUCACAAACCCGUGUUGUCUUAACAUCAGCGCUUUUAUCGGUGUAUCAUAGCAACAGGACCUUGCUGUUUUUUUUUUAAUUUUAUUUCCUUCAUUAUUAUUCGAUUGUUCGAUCAGGAAUAGACGCAGGGCAACAUACCGGAUGGAUGUUACGUUUUAGUUCUUAAUGUAAAACGUUUUAAUGCAUCAGGUGUUUUCUGGCUCAUUUUAAACCUCCCAAAGAAGAUUUUGUAUGAAAAAUAUAUGCCAAAUUUCCUUUUCCUGCUAAUUCACAGACAUUUCAUUUCUCUCCGCUGCUCCGUCGACUCGGCCGCUCGUCCCGAUUUGCGUCGCUCGACAAAAGAAUGUGUGUAUAAACACGAAACCGGAAUGUUUUCGAAGCCGUUAGCCGUUAGCUAAGACGUUUUUCAACAUUUUCAACCGGUGAGACGUGUUGAUAUUAUAAAAGCAAAUAAUCACAAUAAAAAAAAACCUUUAUUACAGUGUUACAAUUGUUCAGAGUUUCCACACAGGACACAGUUUGGAUGUAUUUAUGUGUUUUUUUUUUACUUUUUGGAUAAAUGAACGUUCGUGAGAACGCGUUUGUUUGUGCAUGAGAGAAGCCGUUGAUGGUCGUUUCUUAGGCUGUCUUGCUGCUGUUCAGUAGAUUUGUCUGAUGUUUGUGUAAAAAAAAACACAAAAGUAGUUACUGUCAAUAAACAAUACAGGAAACAAAGCUGA